UUGACGUAACAUUUGUCAUUGACCUAGCACUUGACAACGCGUAUAGCCUCAAAAAUACUAAAAAAAUAUCAAAACAAACGUAAAACUACAUAAAGAAAGCAUGUGGUUCUUUUACUUAUUAACGAUUAUAUCAGUAGUAGUGCAGGCUGUAUUUGCCACAUUGGCUUUGGCGGCAGGGCUUUACUACUUAGCUGAGCUGGUGGAAGAGUACACAGUGAUGGCCAAAUAUGUGAUCUCAUGGACAGUUGCAAUAGUCACACUCAUCCACAUCGGGCUGCUGAUCUUCGAAGAGCUGCCCCUCCACAUGGACAUCCUAGGCAUCAUCCAGCAGGCCCUACACGCCCUGCUACUCAGAGAGUUCCCCGCGGUGCGGGUGGCCAGCGCACCUUUUAUUGCGGCAGUCGGGACGCUUGUAGCACACCACUAUUAUGCGUUGAAGUUCUUUGGCACUGUGCAUUACACAUUUUCAGAGGUGUUGGCGUACUUCACACUAUGCCUGUGGAUGGUGCCAUUCGCUCUGUUCGUGUCACUGUCAGCCAACGACUACGUGCUGCCCACUACGGGGGAGAAACAACCACUACUCAGUGAUAACAACGUGGUGACGGAUUACCUGUCUCGCAAGUCCAAGCGGUACUCGCUCCUCUCGUUCUUCAGCUUCGCCAAGGACUCGAUACUGCCGCAGCGGAGCAAGAAAGCUUUUUAGACUACUCUCUAACAUAAUAUACUAGUGGUAGUGAUCCGCCCCGGCAUCGCACGAGAACCCUUAACCUUUUGGACGCCAAACGGCGCAUCCAUUUGCCGUGCCACUGACGCCAAGGGGGUAAAAUUUAGUUUUGUAAAUAAAUAAUGCCAACCUAAAAGUGCGGUGAUUUUCAAUAGAUUUUCAUCAAACAACGAUCGACCCCAAAUGCCGUCUUUGGCGUCGUUGUCACGAUUUUGCGUUGACGUCAAUUGCCGUCUGUGGCGUUCAAAAGGCUAAAACGAUAGAAAACACGGAACUUACAUUGAACGACAUCACAGUUAUAUGUUGCCAGCAACAGCAUAGAGUAAUAGAGUCAGACCAAGAAAAGUCUGCAGCGGAUUUGAUAGGCCACGCAGUGCAAAUGUUAUUUCAACGUCAUAAUUUCAUAGAAGUUUGUCGUUUAAAAUAACACUUGCACUGCCUGGGCUACCAAAUCAGCUGCAGACUUUUCUUCGUCUGACUCUAUAAGUAAAGAAAGAGUGGUAACUCCAUACAUCAGUUUUCUUACCAAAACGCGAGUUAUUUCGUAGUCGACAUCUAGCGUCAAGUAGUGAAACUAUCAGUACCGUUACUUGACACCAAGAUGUCACAAGUGUCGCAACUGACGAAAAAUGUACUGAUAAAACAAUUUACAACUAAUAUUAUAAGCAGAAGUAGUUAAAAAUAGACAUCCGGUUAAUCCGGUUAUGAUAAAAGCUGAGAGUUAGAGUUUUCGUCCGUCGCGACAUCUAUUGUCAACUAGCAGUACUGAUAAAUUUUGCUACUUGACGCUAAAUGUCGACUACGAAAUAACUCGCGUUAUGGUAAGAAAACUGAUGUAUGUAGACUUGUAGAGUCGGACCAAAAAAAGUCUGCAGCGGAUUGACUCUAGUUACCAUAGUGGUAAGAAAUAGUUCUUUACUUAUUUUUCUCUAUGGUUGCCAGUGAUACAUCAUGAGCCCUGAUACACACACACCUGUGUAAUUUAAAUUCUAACGUUUUUCAUGUGUAUCGUGGCCUAUUUCAUUAACCGUUUACUCUAUGGUUUACUCCUUUAAUGGGUAAAGGCAAGAUAUUUGCCGUCAGAUUUUUUUUUUCUCUAUGAACGCGUUGUCAGUUACUGUUACUAUAAAUUUUAGUUCACAUUGGAGAAUAUACUCGUACCAAUCUACGAAUAAAAGGAGACCUCCAGGAGAGUAAAAUGUUAAUUCUUUGGCAAGAUCUUAGAUAUUUUGAUAUUGCCUACUUUUGAACAAAAAUAUCUAUGAAUAAAAUCGGGUACAGAUGUAAUGCAUAAUUAUUUUCCAUCGUAUUUACACGGAAACAUACGAACGUGCCUUGCUUUCAGUCAGUCUCGGUACAAAAAGUACUGUGGUCGACUGAAGUAGCAUGACAAAUACGAGCGUUUCCGAGAAAAUGCGAUGGAAAACAAUUAUGCUACAUCUGUGCGCUUGAUCUUGUUAAUAAUCAUAAUUGUCAUAUUUCAAACGUCAAAUUAAUGCUUUUAAACAUUAAAAUAUCUUACUAAUUUAUUUGAACAAAUUAAAUUAUUUCAGAAAAAUAUUUUAAUUUGUUUUUUAUCAAGUAGAAAACACUACUAUAUAAAUUAUAAACUGAAAUAAAUGUCAUAUACUAAGAAAAAGUGACCAAGGCCUCUAGUGCCCCAGGCUGGAAUCGAACCAGCGUCCUCUGCUAUCGCGGCAGGUGCCUAAGCCACUCGGCCACCGGGCCACAGCGGCAUAGGUCAAAUUUUCCAAGUAUAUGCACUUCUUACUGAAGGCUUAUGGCGCCCCCUGGCCAUCUCUAAGGUAGAACAGUAUGGUUCAGACCUUCUAACUAGAUCACUCAUGUGAUACCGAGCUAGCGAGAGAGAGUUUAUAAAGAGAGGGUUU